AGACUACCUAUGGAUAAAUUUCAUUCUCUGCUAGUAGCAAUAUUUCUGUUGAGAGCUUUGGAAGAAACGUAUUCAACGUAUCAUGGAAAUAUCUAUGGAAUCCAGAAGUUGAAGGGCAACAAAACUGGAAAGUCGGUUUAUCAACAUUUUUGGUUUAAAAGGCAUCAUGUGCAUUUAAGACAACGGUACCCAAAAACGCUAAUGUUUGCAAGGAUGUCGAUGAGCCAAUGCUCCAAGAAAAAAAACAUCAAAAUCAUACAAGUAAAACGAAUUGGUGGUGAUUACCCAUAUGGUCCAAAACUGUCAUCAAUCUCUGAAAACCAGAUAUGCCGCCCCACAACAAGCCGCUCCUCCUCACCUCAUUUUUCUUCCAUCGCUUUUUCAACUUCCCGACAACUCAACUUUCCCAAGAAAUCUUCGAAAUCUCUGAACCAAGUUCAUAUCAACCUGGCAAAGCGAAAACAGUGGAAACGAAACAAGGCGUGGUGUACUCAUUGUGAGUCAUACUGGAAGAUGAAGAUUAAUUCGAAACAGUUGAAGUCUAGAUACCCGUGCUGUUGAAUUAUUUUGAAAUAUUUUUUUAUUUUAAAUAAAUGCCUAUUUUCCGCGUG